UAAGAGAGAAAAAGAAAAGAAAAAAUAGAAUAAAGAAAGAGGAAAGAAAAAGAAGACAUGUACGGCGAAAACGAUCAAAGGAUCAUCGAAAAUACGAUUAGAUCAGCUGUUGUUGGCAUGAAUCGAGUCGCGUGCGAAAGUGAAGUGGAGGAGUGUCGCGUAGGUCGCUCUCGUAAGGUGUUUUUGAGGGAGUCGAGUGAAAUAGAGAAUGACGGAUAGCCAGCAGCAGUUUUGCUUGCGGUGGAACAACUUUCAGGCGAACAUCACGAGCCAGUUCGAGGCGUUGCGAGACGAUGAGGACUUCGUCGACGUUACAUUCGCCUGCGAUGGCAGGCGACUUCAGGCUCACAAGGUCGUCCUAUCCGCUUGCAGCCCUUACUUCAAGGAGUUGUUCAAGACCAAUCCCUGUAAACAUCCAAUAAUUUUUAUGCGGGAUGUGGAAUUUGAACAUCUACAAUCACUGCUGGAGUUCAUGUAUGCUGGCGAAGUAAACAUUUCACAAGCUGAAUUGCCUACUUUUCUGCGUACAGCCGAAUCUCUACAAAUCCGUGGUCUCACCGACUCUCAAAGUAGUCAGCACAACAACGAAAAGCACUUGAAGACGAAUAAUGUUCACGCAUCAAAUGGCCGUGGUCUGAUCUCACCGAGUUUGGACGAUGAGCGCAGUAAAACUCCACCACCAUCGAGCCCUCCACCAUUAAAAAGGCUGUGUAAAAGAAGUGAUUCACCUCAAAUCUCUAGUCCAAUACCUACUGUGACGCCUUGUGCUAGCAGUACACCUCUCUCACGACCGCUUAUAGAACCGCAAGUUCAGCUUGACUGUUAUAAGGAUAUUGAUAUUGUGGAGCCAAAAGUAGAACUACCUGAAUAUGGCAGCGAUGAUGAUUGCUCAUCAAAACAAGAAGUCAACACGUUACCUGGUGGUUUCCUCAGUUUGGAUGGUGGUAUGGAAGUGUUACCGACAUAUCCACCAUCUUAUCAAGGAACCAGUAUGGAAGGUGGCAUGCCUGGACCUUCACACGGGAACAAUGAGCUGAAUCAAGAGCAGCAAGCUGACCUGCGUAAACUGCACUCGCUGGACCCACGCCCCUGUCCUGUGUGCAACCGCAUGUACAGUAACUUGUCCAACCUGCGGCAGCACAUGCGCCUCAUCCACAACCCUCAGAGUGUCACAUGCCCUCUAUGUAACAAGCCCUUCAAGACCAAGCUGUACCUCAAACGUCACCUGGUCAGUUUCCACGAACUCAGUGUGGCGGACAGGCAACGCCAGGAGGAAAUCUACCAUCAUCAGGUUAAAGUUCAGGUUCAAGGACAGGGUCAAGCACAGGUUCAGGGUGGAGCUCAGGCUCAAACACAGACACAAGUUCAGGCUCAAACACAGGCUCAAAUUCAGGCUCAAACGCAAGCUCAGGUGGAUAACAAAGUGCUCUUGACCGCUUCUGCUCCGCUCUCUCGUCUUCCCGCGGAAGAUAGCGGGGGGAGCGGAAGUGGAAAUAUUGUAGAACCAAAGCUGAGAGCAUACCAGGCACAGGCUGGUGAUAAUUCUUAUUCCGUAGAGGUUGCUCAAAUUGGUGAUACGAAGCAUUUUGCAAGCGGAAUAUUGCAAUUCGAUGCUUCGUAUCACUAAUGUAUAGGUUUUUAUUUAUUUUUAUUGUAUUUCCCAGUAUCAUUUUGUGAUAUAGCGUGCGAUGAGUCAAGUUUAAAUUUAUUAUUUAGUGAACUUGUGAUUCAAUAGGAAACGUAUCUUUACAGUUGAUCGACAAGUAUAGAUAGAAAUAACGUUACGAUACAAGGCUGAUUCUGUAUUUAGGUGAUCGGAAACUGUGCAGGAUGAGGCACGGGUGUAACACAUAAUUCGAAAUUAUUUAAAAACGUACGGAAUUGCAAUACAAAUCGAAAGUGCGUUGUCGUCGAAUGCAACGGAUCUGCAUACACUUUUAUUUUCUGUGCGUACAGAAAAAGUUUAUAUAGGUCGUAUCUAACUCGACUAUCAUCGAUACGAAUAUUAAACCGUGUACAUAGGUUUGGGAGACUAGUUUACAUAUAAUGUCCCGUGCCUAUUCAUCAUAAAGAUGAUGAACGUUAAUAAGGGGGAAAUGACUAAAAAAUAUGCCGUAGGUGGAGCAGCCAUCCCACCUCGUACUGAUAAUUCUGCAGCCGGAUACUUGUUGUUUUAUUUAAUGCUAUACAGUGUUAUACAGACUACAGAUAUUUACAACAAUAUUAUAUUCUUACAGAGAAUUAUAUUUACUUUAUUAUUGCAGCGCAAUGUGCAAUGACAUAGCUCGUACAUGAUAUAUUUUUCACAUGCAUACAUUGCAAUAUACAGCCAAUCGACAGCUCAACAGAGUAAUAAUAUUUAUUAUUAACAGUUAUCAACAAACCGUGAUCGCAACUAUGCAGCAGAUUGAAUUAAACAAUAUAUAAUAAGGGGGCAUUGUGUUUGUGCUGGUUUUUUUCUCGUAUGUAGUUUGGAGAGGAUCAUUAUUUUCUUUG